AAGAAUCGCAAUCUUUCGACUGGGAGAGUGCAUACAAAUUUUGAGGUUAAGAAAACUGAUGGAGUGAAGGGAGAGAGAUUUUCUGAUAUAUCGAGUGUUAGAUAAUAUCAUUCUGAUCAUGGCAGGUGCACUCAAAAAGUCUACAAAUUUGACAGGAUUAGCUGUUUGUAAGAAUCCUCACUUGGAAUUAGUUCCACUAUAUAAGAGGAUUUUGAGAGUGUUAGAAAAGUUACCAAAGGAUUAUACUUACCGGAAAGAAACGGAAAAGCUUGUCAAGGAUAGAAUGACAAUUAUGAAAUUGAAUGCAGAUGUGCAAAGUGUAGAGGACAAGAUUGGUUGUGGACAAGUAGAGGAGCUUAUAAUACAAGCGAGGAAUGAACUCUCGCUGGCAGAGAAGAUGGCGAUUUGGAAACCAUGGGAGAAAUUAAUACAGGAAGCACCGGCCAACCAGUGGACAUGGCCGCCGCAUAAAUAAUUCUGACUCAUAGAUAUUUGUAUAUAGUAUAGAUCCCAUGUCACUAUGAAUGAAUAGAUUGUGCAUUAUGUAUGAGAUUGUGAUAUCAAUGAAUCUGUUUGAUGCGCUGGAUCUGUUUAUUUAUUGCUGAAUUAAUGCACAUUUGUUGUACUUGAAAAUAAAAUAGAUAUGUUUGUUAUAUUAGUGAAAGUAAGAAACCUUAGUAUAGUUCAGCGAUAAAGAACAAGUCUAUUGCUACGUAAUAUUACGAAUAUUCAGUAAAUCUAAUUUGUUCUUGGCUUUACAGUAGAAAA